AUGGCUAGCCCUCAGUACCGUCUCGUCUACUGGCCCGGCAUCCCCGGCCGCGGCGAACAUAUCCGCCUCGUCUUCGAGGAAACCUCCACCCCCUACACCGACACCGCCACCACCUCCGACGGCCUCGACCGCGUCCUAGCCUACGUCCAGGGAAACGUCCCGGACGACAACAUCAACCCCCCUCCCCUAGCACCCCCCAUCCUCCAACACCUCGCCGACCCCAACAACGACACCAACGUCACCACCAUCAGCCAAACCUCCAACAUCCUUCUCUACCUCGCCACCCACCUGCCGCCGGGCAGCAUCGCCCCAGACCCCAAAACUGACCCCAACGCGCUCUUCUACCUCAACAGCCUCGCUCUCACCGCGCUCGACGGCCUCAGCAACGAGCCGCAUGAUUGCCACCACCCGAUUGCUUCGGGCCUGUACUACGAGGACCAGAAACCGGAGAGCCUACGGAAAGCGGACAAUUACGUUCGCGUACGGCUUCCCAAGUUUCUAGGAUACUUUGAGAGGGUGUUGGGGAGUGGGGCAAGUGGUGGAGGCAAGUGGUUGUACGGUGGGAAGUUUAGUUUCGCGGAUCUGGUGUUGUUUCAGUGUCUUGACGGUGUCAAGUUCAUGUUCCCCAAGGCGGUGUCAAAAUAUGAACGCGAAGGGACAUAUGCAAAGGUAUUCGCGCUCUACCAAGCCGUUUCAGAGCGCCCAAAGAUUACGGAGUAUCUCAAAAGUUCGAGAAGGCAGAAAUACUCUGACGGUAUCUAUCGUUACUACGAAGAGUUAGACAUUGAGCCGUAG